AUGACGGCCUCCAUCCUACUGCGAUUUGAGAGUCGGAACGGUCAGUUUCGACUCACGGUCAGCCCGCAGGAACUUUUCCCUACGCUUAACCAAAAGAUCCUCGAACAUCUUCCAGCAAACACUGAAGCUUCAUCGAUCGCUCUUUCAAAUAAACCGAUCGGCACAGGUGGGGAGGAGAGACAAUUGUCAGACCUCCAAGGUGUCUCUCUGCAACAGGCUGGCUUGAAGCAUGGCGAUAAACUCUUUGUUGGGUACGACGAAAAGACACAACAGAAUGGAUCUUCGAAUGGUACCACAACCACCACCCUAGAGCACCGGCUCAAUGGCGCACCUAUUCCGGCGCAACAAACGGUCCCGAUCCGCCCACAGCCAAACCCUUCUGCCUCCCUCAAGAACCCGUGGGACUUGGUGCGACAAUCUCCGCUGGACAACUUGCUGGACAAGAAAGAUGGGAAAAUCAAGCGUGGGAUGGACUACAAGAUGUGCAGACAUGGUCCACGGGGAAUGUGUGACUACUGCAUGCCACUUGAGCCAUACGACAAGAAUAAUAUGGCAGAGAAGAAGAUUAAGCAUCUUUCUUUCCAUUCGUACUUACGAAAGAUCAACGCCGCGACCAACAAGCCCGAGCUUGGAACUUCCUUUAUGCCACCUCUCAACGAACCAUACUACCGAGUGCGACCCGACUGCCCUUCAGGGCAUUCCCCAUGGCCAGAGGGGAUUUGCACAAAGUGCCAACCGAGCGCAAUCAGUCUCCAGCCCCAAGAGUUCCGCAUGGUUGACCAUGUCGAGUUCGCCUCACCUGAAUUGAUCAACUCCCUCCUUGAUUUCUGGCGCAAGUCUGGUUCUCAACGACUUGGCUUCUUGUACGGAACGUACGAGGAAUACACCGAGGUCCCCCUCGGCGUGAAGGCCGUUGUCCAGGCAAUCUAUGAGCCCCCGCAAGUGGGAGAAGUUGACGGCAUCACACUCCAUGAUUGGCACAACGAGAAGGAGGUCGAUGAGGUGGCCAGCUUGUGUGGCUUGCAAAAGGUCGGUGUCAUCUAUACUGACCUGCUUGACGCCGGUCGUGGCGACGGCUCCGUGGUAUGCAAGCGGCACAUCGACUCAUACUUUUUGUCAUCCCUUGAGAUCGCCUUUUCCGCCAGACUACAAGCGCAAAACCCCAAGGCUACCAAAUGGAGCCGUUCGGGACAGUUCGGUUCCGAUUUCGUAACUUGUGUUCUCACCGGUGAUGAGACAGGAGCUAUUGCCAUCAGCUCGUACCAAGCAUCUGUCUCUGCUGUCGAGAUGGUCCGAGGAGACAUCAUUGAACCCUCUGCUGACCCAGCUGUGAUGCUGGUCCAAUCCGAGCAUGACGAAGAUAUCGGAAGCAGGACCAGAUACAUCCCCGAAGUUUUCUAUCGAAGAAUUAAUGAAUACGGUGCCAGCGUUCAGGAGAACGCUGAGCCGAGUUUCCCAGUCGACUUCUUGCUAGUGACCCUCACCCACGGAUUCCCAACAGAAUCGAACCCCAUAUUCACCAACAGCCGCUUCCCUAUUGAGAACAGAGAAGUUAUUGGCGAAAGCCAAGAACUCCGACACGUUGCCCAGAAGCUUAUGUCCCACGGUGACACCGACAAGGCUAUCCAAGGCGUUUCCGACUUCCACAUCCUGUGCUUCUUGCAUGGUCUCAGCACAUUCAACAAGGACGAGGAAUCGUUGCUCUGCCGCGUCGCACGAACGAGAUCCCCGGCGGAGGGAAUUCAGCUUGUGAAUACCCCAGGAUGGGCCACAUUGAUGACAAUUCUUCAGGAGAGUGGUGAGCGCCCCCCUAAGCGCCCCUGGCCCACCCCGGCCGAGCCUUCUCGGACGUCUUCCCAGGAUUCCCAAAUCCGCAAGCGUCGCAACCCCCAACCCUCCAAUUUACCCCGCUCCAUUUCUGCCAGCCCCGAGAGUGAGCAGCUUGCUAAGAGGUUUAAGGGAGCUAGUUUAGAGUGA